ACGUUGGCAUUUCCAAUGACAUUGCGCGUGGCUUUGUUUUCGUGGCGAGCAUCCGCUGCACCUGCAGGAAAGCCGAGACAAGACAGCGCGCGCGCGACGCGAAUUUGAAUUCCCUUAACACGCGCGCGCAGACACUGGGGACACUCAGCAUAAGCAAACUGGGGGCAAAGAAAAACGAGUACGCGUCUGACAAGCGUGGCAAUCGUCGCGACGUUCUUGGAAAAGGCGCGCCCCAGCUAGCUAGCUGGCUGCUGCCAUGCUAUGCUCUCUCCUGCACUCCUCUCUCUUUUCCUCUGCUCCCGCUCACUCGCCGCGGUCGGAGUUUCUUGAUCUCAACACUUGCAGCGACAGCCGUACCGCGGCGCUACAUGCCCCGCCUUUCUUUUUUUUUUUUUCCGUCGUCGUGUGUGACGUCAGUAGGGGAAAUGGCGAUCGUUAUUGUGUAGAAAAAAUGCCGUGGCUCUGAGUCCAGCCGCGUCGCAUUUUGUGCUCGGUCAUCGCUGUCUGUUUAUUGGUGAAACAUCGCGCUUGUGACGUGGGACAAGGGAACAACUUUUUCCGAGUCCAACUUUCUUCGUUGGAAACAGGGUGGUGUAGGCACCCACCAAGACCGUGCUGGUAGGUGCCAAGGGGAAAGAGCAGCAUGUCGAUGUGGGGCCGUCUGCAGGAGCUGCCUGGGGAGCUGCUGCGCCAGUGCCAGCUGGCCUAUGGGGAUCACUUCCCCAUGGAGGUUCGCUGUGCAUUGGCUUCUUGGAUCGAAGAGAAGCCUUGGCAGGACAUGGACCCUGAUAACCCUGCUUUCGAACUGUAUGCGCCAAGUGUAGUGGCCUCCUUGCUCGAGGAGCUGCAGCGCAAGGCCUCCACCGAGGAAAACUUUGUCAUGCGGCUGAAGCUCCUGGAGGCUGUGAACUCUUUUAAGCAAAACUAUGGCCACAAUCCGUGUGCCCUGGUUCGAGUGAUCAAGAACUGCCUGGCCGCUGAGGUGCGCAUAAUCCAGCAAGCAGAGAACUGCCACAGGCUGGCUGCCCACAUGCCAGCCCCCCAAGAUCCACAUACGGAGAUCACCCAGCAGUUGGACAAGUUGCGAAGGCGCUCACAGGAGAUGGAGGAAGAACUUCGCCGAAUGACCCAGCUGCAGGAGUCCUUUGUGAUCCAGUACCAGGAAUGCCAGAAGCUGCAAGCACACUACCAACAGCUGUCAACGCAGUCCAGUGGUCAGACCAAUGUGGAGCUGCUCAACAAGAUGCAUAAUGAGACCAAGGCCAUGGAGCAGGCAAUCCGGCAGCGUGUCAACGAGCUACGUGACAUGCGCAUUGCCUUUGCAGACAAACAGCAGGAUACCACAAUGCAGCUGUCCACGCUACAGACGCAAGUGCUGGACGAUGAGCUCAUAAAGUGGAAGCGUGCCCAGCAACUUGGUGGAAAUGGCGUUAGUUUUGAAAACAACCUUGACCAAAUCCAAGAGUGGUGUGAAGCCCUGGCUGAGCUGAUCUGGCAAAACCGGCAGCAGAUCAAGAGGGUUGAGAUCCUGGCAGCACAGGUGCCCAUAGGAGGCGCUUCGGCGAUUGGUGAACGCUUCACGGCCCUGAAUGCCCAAGUCACCAACCUGCUUUCCUCUCUCGUUACCAGCACUUUCAUCAUUGAGAAGCAGCCUCCACAGGUUAUGAAGACUAACACUAGGUUCACAGCCACAGUCCGUCUUCUGGUUGGGGGCAAGUUAAACGUCCACAUGACACCCCCUCAGGUCAAGGUAUCCAUUAUCAGUGAGGGACAGGCCAAUUCCCUGCUGAAGAGUGACAAAGUUGGUGUUGGAGAGGCAAGUGGAGACAUACUGAAUAACACGGGGACCAUGGAAUACCACCAGGCAACGAGGCAACUGAGUGUCAGCUUUAGGAACAUGCAAUUGAGGAAAAUCAAGCGAGCAGAAAAAAAAGGCACUGAGUCUGUUAUGGAUGAGAAAUUCUCAUUACUGUUCCAAUCCCAGUUCAAGGUUGGAGGUGGAGAGCUAGUGUUCCAAGUUUGGACAUUGUCACUACCUGUGGUGGUGAUCGUGCACGGAAAUCAGGAGCCACAUGCCUGGGCCACAGUCACCUGGGACAAUGCUUUUGCUGAACCGAAGAGGCGUCGUCCCUCAUCCUCCUCCCACAACCAGGGCCGUGUUCCUUUUGCGGUGCCCGACAAGGUUCCCUGGCCGCAGCUGGGUGAAGUGCUCAGCAUGAAGUUUAAGUCUGCCACAGGAAGAGGCCUGUCUGAAGACAACCUGCGGUACCUGGCCGGAAAGAUCUUCCGCAACCCACAGAUUCAGGAUUUCACCAACAUGCCUGUCAGCUGGUCUCAGUUCUGCAAGGAGCCACUACCUGAACGCAACUUUACUUUUUGGGAGUGGUUUUAUGCCAUCAUGAAAGUCACCCGUGAACACCUUCGAGCACCAUGGAAUGACAGCGUGGUGUGGGGCUUCGUUGGCCGACGCCAGGCAGAGGAUAUGCUUCGGCAAGGCUGCAAUGGGACGUUCCUGCUGCGUUUCAGCGACUCCGAGCUGGGCGGCGUCACAAUCGCCUGGCUGCACGAGGAUCCUCAGCAAGACACGAAAGAAGUGAUAAUGAUCCAGCCCUUCACUAGCCGAGACUUCACCAUUCGAAGCCUGGCGGACAGGGUGAGCGACCUCCAGCAGCUCACCUUCAUGUACCCUGACAUACCCAAGGACCAGGCUUUUGGGAAAUACUACACUCCCGUCACAGACACCCAGCCUGCCAUCAGCAAUGGCUAUGUCAAGCCAGUCCUUGUCACUCAAAUACCAGGGCUGUCAGGUAUGUUGAACCUCAUGGACAGCAAUCCGUCAACACCGCAGUCCUUUUUCCACCCACACUCGCCAGACGCUGGAGCAAGCAUCUACCACGAUGGUUCCUCCCUUGACCAGGCCAUGCAGGCGGGGCUGUCGGCAGCGCCUGACCUCGACUACAACCUGUGUGACAUGGACCUUGCAGAGUUGGAUAUCCCCGUUGAUUUUUCAAGUAUCAACGUUAGCGAGCUCGUGACGUACACUACCAAAGCUAACUGAGCUCCCUUUCCCUUCAGCUUCUCUGACAGGGAGUCCAGUAAUGGCACAAUACUGUUGGCCUGAAAAGCCAAAAAUUGGGAACUAUAAGGCAAGGUGUUGGGGCUUUCUUUUUUCAUCUCUGUUCAAUUCACGCUCAUCUUACUUUACAAGGAAUCCUCCUGAAGCACCGUUUUCUUGGAGCUCCUUGGUAUGGCCUGUACAGAUGUCGGUACUGUGUUAACAUUGUAAUUUCAUGAUGCUGCCACCAGUCCUGAAAGGAUGCCCCUUCACUAUCAGAGGCCUUUGUAAUAGCACACUUCCUGAUGGCCAUUAAGAGUACCUUGACACUAUUUUUGUUAGUCACGCUGUUUAAAGCACUUGUAGUAUGUAUUCUGUGCUUACUGAAAGCUAGUCUCAGAUUGAGGCUUGUACGAGGGCGAGUCAUUGAUGCGACAAUGUGUACACUUUGGUUUCUCUUGCUGCAUUGGUAUCGUGAAUGGUAAUGACGGAGCCCCUUUAGUGCUUUCAGUCUUGGUGGCAUAUUUAGUGAUUGGCUGUGGGUUGACUUGGCUUUAACAUUAAAGACUUAUCACAGGACUACUGUUGUGGAGUCUUCAUUACGGCCUUCCGGGAGGAGACCAUUGCUUUGUGGGAGGCAGCGAUGAAGUCAAACAGUUAAUUGAAGACAAGGACUGAGCCACCGUCAGUGUGUGAAGGUCUGAAGCUACUUCAUUUUUAUGUGGACAUGCUUGUGAUAAGAAACUAUGCUGGCUAUAGAGUGCAAUCAGCAGUGUGUGGGUGCAACAGUCAGAGGCUGGACCCUUGGGCUGCAACAGUUAGACAUGAUAAGAAGUUGGAAGUGUGGUUAUUGCAAGAGUUAUGUGUGGCACAGUAGUGUUCUUUGAGUGGUGUCCCUGCGUACCGCUCCAACUAGUGAAAAAUUGGCCUAUCGCAUGCUUGCUUGCAUAGCCUUAGAGGUUGGGAUUGACAAAGUGAUGUGCUCUACUGCAACUCAAUUUUACCUCAAGAUCAAACUUCUGAUAAGGUGUGGAUUUUGUUUGUGUAAUAUUCUGUGACACAGUCUAUAAGAGCUCACAACAUCUGUGGUGUAAGCAUCUGCUCAGCACAUUGGUUACUUUCUACAACGAUGUUAUUGACAGGGCAUGAGAAGCUUCACUUCAUUUCACUUGAAUGGCAUUGGGAAUGUUCAUGUUUUAUCUUUAAGGUGGACACAAGUCCAAACAUGUUUUUUUAAGCUCGCUUAGUUUCCAUGUAGAGUUGGGAAGUGCUACAUAUGUUUAUGUUCCAUGGAAAUAUCCUGGCUCCUUUUAAAAUUGAUCCAUGUGUUCAAGGCCAGCCUGCUUUUUGAGCAGUAAAAAAAGAAGGUUCAAGUUUCACAUUGCUUUGUUUGCAAGAACAGCUUGUCAUGUCAUUUGCCACCAGCUUGGCUGUCAUCUCAUUGACCAUCACAGUUAGCCAGUGCCUGUUCCUGCAGACGUUCUUGCAUAUGAACAGCUUUGUGAGUAUUGACACUCUGGCCGAUGUAAUUUCAAGUGCACAUCCACUUUUCUUCCAAGAUAUCUUUCUGUAGGUAUGUUUUUUUUCUAAUUUCUUAGUACCCCUGACAUGUCAGUGAAGUUGUUUCUGACUCUUAUAUGCUCAUUCAAGCCACACCUGCAUAAAUUUCCCAAAGUUGUGUUUAAUUAAUGAGAAACUACUCUGUAUAUGUGCGUGUGCGCCCACAUUUUUGACUUACAUGUGUUCAACACCUUUGGAUUGCAUUUUGCUUCCAAGUGCAGUUUUUUUUUCCUUUGCUUAUGUUGGGAUGUCCCAUCUUGUUAAUUUGUAGAUAGAAUGUUUUUUUUUGUUUUGUGUGCCUCUUUUGGGUGUAUGUAUGCGUAUGCAUGCACAUAGUCAGAGAAUAUCUUCCUGUGUUCCUCAGACUGACUUGUUGCCACCGAUCUCGUGCUCUUCAGUUUCCUGAUGUUUGUUUCUUGAUUCAUUGAUUAACAUAUGGUUUGUUGUUCUAUUUGAGCUGGAAUAAUUCUUUGUUCAGAACUUACUUUUCUAUGUGUGUGCUUUUUACCACUAUACAGAGAACCCCAUUAUAGCAAAUCAGUAGGGACUGGCCAAGAUCUUUAUUGUAGUGUGUGUUAGGCUUACCACUCAAGAACUUGGUAUGCCCGACAAGGUGUUUAUUAGCCUCUUGAUUAAUGGCACAGCAAUCCCAGGUAGUAGCAAGAAAUGGCAAGUCAAACCUUUUCAAUUUUAUAUCCGCACCAGUGCUUCAGUUCAUAUUGCAUCAGUGCAAACUGGAAACGAUAGGCUGCAAUGGAUACAGCGGGAGUUGAUGUGAAUAAUCAUCAGAAAACUAUUGCAAACUUAGCAGCAUAUUGCUGACUUACACAUAUACCUGAGAUGUUAGACCAGCGAUUGCUUUGAGAGGGCAUGUUUGGUAGUGCUCAUGUCCCCAUUGUUUACCUCAACAGCAAUCUUUUGUUCAUGGCUGAGAAGUAGUGCAAAUUACUGAAGAAUAUAAAUAAAAAGGCAUAUGGUGAACUGAACAAAUACAAAACACAAGUACUGUUUUUAUUUGCAACACAUCAUGCUUGUCUUUCUAAUUCUUUCAUUUAACCUAAUACCUCUUAUUUUUAUGGACACUCCUGCUGUACUCACACCAUCAUGUUCCGCACGCACGCACACACAUGUGCACGCGCACACACAAACACACACACACAACACACACACACAUAUAUGCUUUCCUGACUGGGCCAGCUUUCUGCAGCCCACUUUUGGAAACAAAAUGAAAGACAAAAACAAUAGUAAUUGCACUGCAAAGUGAAAUCUUCCACCUUUUAUUUCUCCCAUCCAAAGCCUGUCUUGGGUUUAUGGCACCCUUGAGCAUUGAGCUUAGCGCAAUGUACUGGAGGGCAGUUGAAGGUAUGGCACAGUGAAACGGUGACGUGAGCGACAGGACAGAAUGUUCACUUCUGAAGGGCAGUUUCAUGGCAGCUUGCUCCCUCCUAGUUUCUUUGACACCAUCGAUGUAUAGUUUAUAAGCAAAUAUUUACAGUUAUUUAUACUGCCCAUAAAACUUUGUGUAAUAUUCUAACAUAACCUUGCUAUUGCUGUCAAUACUUUGUCCUCUGGGCAAAAGUGAGAUUUUUUUGUUCCCGUUCUUCAGCUCUUUGUGCUGUUUUUCAGUCAUGAACCUUGACCAACCUAAUGUUGUUAUCCGAAUUAAGAUUUCAUUGGUUUGCAGUUUACUAUAUGUGUAAGGUUAUUUUACCACGUCAAUUAUGAGAAUUCAAUGGAGGCAUCCACCAUUGUUUUUUGUAUUGAGAGGUUUACUGUAUUUGGAGUUCCUAUAAUGAGGUUUCACUGUAUGAAAAUUCCCCAUGCUCACACAUGGUAUGGCAAGUUUCUGUGUACUGCUAGAAUGGGACUGCUAUUUUGAACUGAGAAAAAUGUUACUCUUUUAUUUUUACUUGGAAGGAGCCACGUAAAACAUCACCUUAGCUGAGUGACCACUUCUUAGACGUCAAUACAGCAAUCUUAAAAUAGUUACAGCGCUCAUGUAUAUACAAAACAUUAAAGAAAACAGCUCUGUUGAAAUUUUGCUUGAGCAUCGCUCAAUUGGAGUUGUGUUUGGCUAAUGAGCUCUCAGCAUUGGCAAAUGCAGGGAUUCACUGCAAGAUUACGUUCAGGCAUGCUUCAUGCACUGUUUGUUCUUGCCUGCUACAUCAGCAUAGUAAUUUCAUAUGUAUGGUACCAGCGGAUAGUUGCUGUUCAAUUGUUCCACUGCGACGGGAAGGAAACAAAGCAAAUCAAUCUUAAUUGACCAAGCUUUAAGUGCAAUACUGCUUUCUGUCCACAUCACCGCGCAUUUUUGUGGCAAUUACAUGUCUAGCCUGCAAAAUAAACCUCUAUUACAAAAUGUUUCCAGUGCACAAAAUAAAUUACUGUCCAUGAAUAAACAUAAACUACUAAUUUGCAAUAUGCGUUGUAUUAUUGCCAUGCAGCAAAUUUAUGAAGACUGGAUUGAAAGAGGUUGAUACUCGUAUAAGGUACUAUGAGGAAGCUUGAAGACAAGUGGUUGGCAAAGUUCCGCCAACGAAUUUUGUGUGAACCUCUAUGGCUAGAACAAAAUGGCUGGCUACUCUGCCUCAAUUGAUCUCUUGACUGUCUCGUUCUUGAGUAGUCUACCUACCCUUUAGCAUUCUUGGUACAUGUCAUGUACCAGUCAUGUACUAUCAGCUACUAGCUGAUGCACUGUGUGGCACUAGCCAAUACAAUCUCACAAAGCAGUAUUUAUUGUGUGAACUCAGUGCUGUUAAAAUGAUUCAGGGUGGGAAAAUUGUGAUUUACAUCAGCCUUGGAUAGACACUGCACAUAGAUGAGUGUCCACAUUGUUUUAAAUUAGUGCACUUCGUUUGCUGCUUACUGACUCAUUGAUGUUUCCUUCUUUCCCAGUGGCACCUUCACUUAGAUUAUAUUCCCAUUGACUUAGUCACCCAAUGUACAUUAUCUGUGCCAUGUAAAAACAUGAUGCCAUCACACCGCCCACUGCACUGAGAUAUUGUAGAUGUCGAACUAGCUUAUGUCGCCAAUCCUUCGGCCUUAGGAGCCACAUGAUGGCCCAUGCCACAUCCAAAGAAUGCAUGAUGGCCAUUCAUUUGUAUAUCUGAAGCUGAAGUUCUCACUGUGGUUAAAAUGUGAGUGUUAGGAAUAGCCUCUGCCAACAAAACAUGCUGUACCUACCCUACAUCCCUCCACACUACAAUAAAUAAAAUGAUUCUCUUUUGGAUCAUACCAGCACCAUGAUGAGGUACCCUAGUUUUGUUGGCUACAGUGAACAUGCCAUGAGAAAAAUCUGCACACGUGGACAGUCAAGAUAAGCAUUUGUGUCAGCAAAGAGGAUGGUGCGCAGAAAGAACACAGGUGCAGUAAUAUGUAUGGGGACUUUAGAAAGAUGUUAGUAGUUGGAUCACACAAACGUCACUUGCAUUUGGAGAACCUUGCCUUAAGCAUUCCCGGAAUGUGAAAAGCAAGGCGUUUAACCAAUGACAAAAGGAUGCAGCACUGGAGGCAUUGUUUUAAUUCCUCCUCAAACAGGAGUAUUACUUGAACUUCAUGAACACUCCUGUCUUCAUCUCUAGGAUCAUAAGAGGUUCAAUGCACAUCUUAGCUAGUAACUGGCUACAGGUAUGACAAUAAUAAAGAAAUUGCUCUUGUCAUCCAAACAUUUUGUACAGUUUCAUUGUACCUCACCUAAGAAUGGCCUUGGCCAGCUAUGUUAAAACAAAUUGUAGGAGAAAGAAAAGACCACUAUUGAUGUUUGAAGUCAUGUUGCAUCUGUUCAUUAUUUGAACAGGGUUUGUUUCGCAGCGUAAAGGUUUUCAGUGAGACCUUUUAGUAAUUUUAUCCUUGCACCAUUCAUAGGCUACUCUCCAUUACACAUUUAACACAACACAUAUGCUAGUUUUCACCACUGCUGUAUAUAGCUGUGCACAAGGCGAGAAUGAAAGUGAGAAUCAAGGGAUAAGAAAGCUUGGAGAUGGCUUUGACAUUGUGUUAAGAAUGCAUGUUUGUGAUCGGCAUAUAAAACAAGCAAUGGGAGUGCCGUAACACUUUACUGAUGACUGGUGUUGGAACUCUCUGUAAGCAAGGAAAAAGAAAUGUGUAGAAUGUGUGCAGCAGCGAUGGAAAAAAGUAUUUUUAUGCAGGAAAAAAAAAAAACAUAGUUGUGGCUAGCUUUAUAAAAGUGCAUUUAGGCAGAAUAGUAGCUGCUGGAAAGGUGCUGUAGCCAUAGCAAAACACACUAGUAUUUUAUCUACAAGCAAAUGAAUAUGACUAUCCUGGAAAUAUUGUCUCCAAUUCAGAUUCACUUGACCACUGCUACAGGCUGGUGUCUGAAACAUGCUGUUGUAGAUUAUAGCAUUGUAUAUGCAUAAUAUUUUGCAGCCUUUGAAGAUUAGCUGCAAUGCAUUAUGCCAAAACAGGUGACAUUGCAUGCACAGUUGUGCUGCUUCUGCAUGAGCAUAAAAUUCCAACAAUGGGGUAAUGACUGCAGUUCACCUCCACUAAUUCAUCUGCCUUGCUGGCUCUAUGCCAUUGUACCACUGAGCACAAGGGUGCAGGUGUAUUGGCUAUGGUAGCUACACACUGAUAACAGCAGAGUGCAAAGAUGCUUGUGCACUUAGAUUCAGGUGCUUGGUGAACAACCUAGGGUCAAAAUUAAUUCCAAGGUCCUGAACUAUGGCAUCUCUCAUAGUCCACUAUGCAUGUAAGGAUGCAAGACCUCGUCAAUUGUAAAACUUUCGUUGAUUCAACCCCAACAGCAUGCAGAAUUAGUUACUAGAGCAUCAAGGCUGCCCUAGAAACUUAUUUCAGUCUGCAUUUUAUUAAUUCCAAAUUAAGUUUGAUAUCAAAGACUGCACUUGCACUUGGAACUGGGGCUGUAGAAUCAACUUUGCAGUGUUGAGAUUCUCUUUCACGAAACACUUAGUAGAUGGAGAACCACUGGGAGCCAAUCUUUUAUUUCAAUUUUGCCCAUGGCAGACAACUGAUUGAGUGCUAGAGAUGCAACAAAGUAGGCCUGUAGUUGGGUCUCUGACAGGUAGACACGAGGAAUGAUAAAGAAGGCAUGAAAUCACUGUAUGUACAACUUGCACUUUGUGCAUGGCAAGUGCACUCUCUUCGUAUAUUGAAGAAGUAACUUGGGUACGGUUUGCCCAUUUGGUGUGUUUGUACACAUUGCUGAUUCUCUGUUGCUUCAACCACCAAUAUUACCAACAUUCUACAUCUCAACUUCGUAUUGCCUUCUUUCCUUUUUUAGAAAGGUAUAGGCACCUGCGCUGGCCUUUCUAAUUUAUCAAAUGAAGUCAGUAGUUAGAUAGUCAGAUUAUUGGACGUAUAACCGCACUGUUAAUUGAUGUUUUUUCUGCCUAGAUACUUGCAAUUGGGUUUAUGUGGUAUAUACUUUCUGUACGAUUACAUGCAUGGAUGCAGCUGUCAUAGUUUCAGCAUGUGUUUCUGUAUUUUAUUGUCGCACACCGUAUCCUGCACAUUCAGCAUCUGGACGGGCACUUUUGCAGGUAGUGAACUAUCUGUCUGUAAGAAUAGUCUUGUAAGAUGGCUUGCCCAAUUGUUGGUUAUAUUUGUAAACAUUGUGCCAGCUUAACCUUUUUCCCUUCUCGGCAAGAAGCAUGCGUGGAGUUGCCAAGCAGGCAAACAGCUGUUGACACAAAUGCUAGGGUGCGGCAUAAUUGUAUACUGCAUCCUGACUCGUGGAGUAAGCUAUGCAGAGGUAACAACCGGUUCCACCAAUUGGCUGUUCCUGUGCAGUCCCUGUUAUGCACAGCAGUUUUACAUGAAUGCCCUUAAAACUAUGACACACAUUUUUUAAGCUGGAACACAUCUGCUGAACUAAUGUCUGAUAAUUGCAGACCUUUGUAAGAUAGUUUUUAGUAUGUCCUAGGUGUAAGACAAAUAUUGAUGGUCAAUUUUACUCGUGUAUAGUGCAUUCCACUGAUAAGCAGCACAUGCAUGUGUGUAGUUGGCACCUUUGUGAUGGUGUAGCCGUAAGUGCUGGCAGAAGCUGUGUCAAUUCAUUGUGUAGGCAUGCACAAAAGGAAACCAGCCACCACACAUGCUGCAUGUCACCUGCCACAGAGAUAACCACUUCCAGACUUGCCAUAGAUUGAUGGAAAUGUUCUCAUGCCGCGCACUCGUGUGUUAUUAAGUGCUGUGCCGACUAACAUACAGGUUUCUCUCUUUGUAAUGCUGCAUUGAUGUGUACAAGGAAAGGUGGUUGCGAGGAAGUGGUGCGCCAAAAUGUGAAUAACUAGAGCGCAGUUGCGAGUUCAUACCAUCAGUGUAAAUAGAAAUGUGGACGCGUCAAAGCAUAAUAUAAUGUCUUCACAAGUUUCUACAUUUGCCAGCGUUUGCUGUAUCUCUGUUAUUUAUUUGCUGACAUGUAUCUUUGAGUUUGCAGUGUGCCUAGCAGAUGGAUACUUUGCGAUACCAAUACAGCACUUUAUUUCAAAGUUCCCAUGCAUAAUGCUUCUUUUUGUUUGUGUUUUCGAUUGCAUACCUGCAAUACCUGCAUGCUGACUGUGCAUUCAGGUAUCUUCAUAGUUUGGCAGGAGUGGUAGUGAACUGUACGAGGCCCGGUGCGCAAUGUAUAAGUGCUCUCUGCUUUCUCAACACCCAAGAAAACUUCCAGAAAUGUGAGGAAUCUGAGCCGUCUUUGGCAAGCAUUGGCCAAACAUGGCUUGUGUUGUCAAAAACACAGGUGCCAUGCAAAAGACAGUGACUGAAUGCUUGAAUGUUCCUGUAACUGAUGCUAACAUUUCUGGAAGUUUUCUUCUGCUUUUCUUUCACCAGACUGCAAAAUAAGUGUUUCUCUGCAAACUCCUCUCGUGGUUCCGAAUUUACAAAGUUGCGCCUAUUCACACACCGGUCUUUACGUGUGGUACUUUUGUUAACCCAAGCUUCUGCUAUGUUGAGCGCAUUCACACAAAGAUCCCUUAUGUUUUCCUUAAACGUAGUUGCUCUAUUACUAUAUUCUCUAACAGCAAAUGGAACAUGCUUCCAGGAUCAGUGUGUGUUGUGCAACCUUGCAAAAUUUGUUGUGACAUGCUUAUGCAUCACACCUGAGAAUCCCCACUGUGUAGCAGCCCAAUUCACUCAGUUUGCCAAAUUAUGCUCAAUUUGCAUUUGGCAGCAUACAGUGCAGAUGAGGGUUUAAAGCAGUGCACAUUGUGCAUUGCUCUGUGUGUUUUGUAACAGGCUGCAGCUGUUGUUUCGUGUCCUGACAAAGUCAUGUGCUGAGGCAUAUGUCUCUAACUGCAACGUUAUAACACUGAAAGCACUAACACUCUCUUUUAUUUUUUCAUUUUUUGAUGGCUGUAGCGCAUGCAUUGUAUAUUUUGUUACAAAUUAUUGGUGUAAAAGUCCCAUUGAUACUGCUUAAGCUCUUCAGCAUUUGGAAAAACACGAGAAACUUUCAAGUUUAGACAUGAAGGCACCUCCAGGGCACCAUUGUGCUUGUACAAUGGUGCGUCAGCAAAGUGUUGUGUCAUGCUUUUCAGUGAUGAUCCAAAUAUGCUAUUCUGUUGAAUAAGAAAUUGUCGCACUGUCAGUUGAGACAAGGCUUCAGCUUGAGCACUUUGAAGCAGGACUAGGGAUGUGCAAUUGGUGGUGUGUUGGCUUAGAUGGAAAUGAACUACUUGCAAAAACCUGCACUGUUCAUUGCUAGAUAUUGUGAUUUGUAGCACUCUUAAGACUUUUGCUAUUGCAUAACUGCUUCUAUUCAAGCAGUGUCUCUUGGAGCACAGCAUUACUCCUUCUUUCUUUGUGCAAUGAACAUCAAUAUCUCUCCUGAUUUUAUAUUAAGCUGCAUGUAUUCACUGGCUUUACAAUUGGUGAAGUGCUGGAUUCGACUGCUGGCAAUUGUUUCACUUGGGCUAUGUUGCGAGUGCAUGAAGUGCAUUUAGAGAGAGAGAUUUGUGCUUGAUUCUGCUGCUGUAGUUCAGGAAGCAUGAGGAACAUGUGUAUCUUGGAUCGAUGCAGAAGUGGUGAAUUUUAUUCUUGAAUUGGUUUAAAUGACAGCUUGUGUUUAAAUAGCACUAUGAGGGAGCAGUGCCAUUUCAGCAAGGCUUGAAAGUGAGAUAGUAGACUUUUUCCACACAGAAGCAUUGUUAAUUAUGCAAAACAAGCCUUUGUCAUCCUUCUGUUAAUAGCAAAACAAAACAUGCACACGAAUGCUAAGAAACGAGUCUGAUAAUUGACGGCGCAAACUAACAACCAGCGUUUGUAGAAAGAGGAAGGCACAAAGCAGGACUAGAUCAGGGUGAGAGCAAUUGUGAAGUCAUAAUCUUUAUCCCACUGUCAUUGGUAGCUGCAGAACAAGUGUUAGAAGGUCAACUGCCACUCAAAAAGUCCACCUUUUUGUUUAUCAAGUUAAUUCACCCUCCUUGUAUGGUGCAAGUGAUUUCAAAAAUUAAUUUGUUACACAUUGAAAGACGGUUUCUUUCUCUCAUUUUAAACACAAAUGUGUUCUGUGUGCUCCUGCCUUAUGCUCAGAUGCUGUGCAGGACAUUAUGCAAGCACGUCUGAAGACUGCUUUUGGCUGUAAUUACUUGUUUCAUGCUGUUGUUACCGUUACACAUAUGCUUGAAGUGUUGCUUCUAGUUGCAGCUUCCCUACAGCUGCAUGCAGAAUCAAACACAAAUUAGUAGGCUCCCUUUUAAAACGAACAUGAAGAGACCUUAAAAUUUUUGUCAGAAGUUACUAACUCCAUCAGAAAGUAUGCAAGAGCGAGUAGACUGUUGAGCUUGUUAGAGCAUCCUUGUUACCAAUGUUUGUCGUAAAGGGAGCCUACUGUAAUGGACGGCAAAGCAAGCUCAAGUGAGGACAGACUUGUAUGAUCGAUGAGCAGUUUCCAGUGGCAUUACUGUGUAUUUUUUAUCGUGGUCCGUUGUCCCAAGUCUGUUUUGUUACCAUUCAUUGUGGGACUUGCAUUGCAGACACCUUGUGCAAAUGUGUGAUAGACAGAAGGGAGAUUAAAGCUUCUGUACUCAUAUUGAUGCCAGUACAACAUCUUUUGUUGCUGUUUAUCAAAGAAAAAGUCUUUAUUCAAGUACAAAUCAAAGCUGGCUCUGUUUUCCUUCAUUUUCCCGACAUGACUACCACUCUCACCUUUUUCUUUUUUUCAUAUGUUUCACUUCACUGUGCAUUGUCUUCCCUUGUAGAUUAAACACUUGUUGAUUGAA